UAAACUGAGAUACAUGAAAGAAGGAUGGUGUCGGAACUAACCAAUAAGAACCUUUUAUACUUUUCUUUCUUGCGCUAAGUGCUUGGAAGCUUGUUACAAGAUAAUAAAACUCUCUUUCAUCUCAUGGAUGAUCACCUUACCCUAGGAAUCGAAACCAGCAUGGAACUUCUACAAAAUAACAUCAAUCCUUCCCUUGGAAGUUUCAUUUCAUCCAAUAUUAGUGUUCAUGGGAUUACGCCUAUGUCUGCCGACAAUUUCUCAGAUCAUCAUCAUCAUCAAAGGAAUGAGCGUAGUCUUCCAUUCAUGCCUUUACCAGAUGGUACUAAUAAUGAUCUCGGCAUUAAUUUAAGUAGAUGUCAUCAGGGUGCUUCUUUCAAUGAUCCGAUGACACAUCUCCCUACCACCAUAGACGAUAUGGUCAAGAGGAUGUCUGGUGUUGAAAGCUUGGGGAAUACAAAAUCGUUCAUCUUUAGUUCUGGAGUUACUGGAGAGAAUAAAGCAAUCAGAAAUUAUGGCUAUGGUGGUAAAAAGAGAAAGAAAAACAUCAAAGCUGAUGCGGAGAAACCACGAGAAGUUGUUCAUGUGAGAGCAAGGAGAGGUGAAGCGACUGAUAGUCACAGUUUGGCUGAAAGGAUGAGAAGGGAGAAAAUAAACCAAAAGUUACGAUGCUUGCAAGAACUAGUUCCAGGUUGUUAUAAGACAAUGGGAAUGUCAGUAAUGUUGGACGUAACAAUUAGUUAUAUCCGAUCUUUGCAGAAUCAGAUAGAGUUUCUGUCAAUGAAGCUCUCAGCGGCAAGCAUGUUUUAUGACUUUAACUCUGCUGAAAUGGAGGCUUUGGAUACAAUGAAGGGAGUAAAUGGAUAUGAAGCACAAGUUAUGGACAGGAUGGGUGGAGAAGGGUAUGGAGAUCUUGCACAAUUUCAAUCAAUAUGGCCAAUAUGAACUCCAUGCAUCUUUUUGAAUUGAUACGAUAUAUAUAAAAUACACACACGUAUACAACUGAAAUAAAUGACAAGUGUUCAUUCGUCGAGAUAUAUAUAUAUAUAUAUAUAUAUAUAUAUAUAUAUAUAUAUAUAUAUAUAUAUAUAUAUAUAUAUAUAUAUAUAUAUAUAUAUAUAUAUAUAUAUAUAUAUAUAUAUCUGUUUUCUUUUCCUCUAAUAAGCAUACGAUAAUCCAACAAUGAUAUUUUAGAUGUAUUAUACAUUGCAAUUUAGUUACUUUUGUGACAUAAUUUAAUGCUUUUAUUUUU